AGUUGAAACCUCAGAGCAAAAUGAAGCCAACUUUUUUCUCAGCAACUCUAGUCUUUGUCGUUAUGUCGGUUGUCCAGUGCAAUCCGAAUUACCAGCAGAUGAUGAAACAGUGCUUGGACGAAACUAAGUUGACGGAGGCGGAGCUGAAGGCGUUCAUGUCCAGUGGCAUGAAUAAUAAUCCCAAUGAGAACCUCAAAUGUUACGCCAAGUGCCUGAUGGAGAAGCAAGGGCACCUGGUCAAUGGACAAUUCAACGCUGACGCUCUGCUCAAUAGCCUCAAGGAUGUGCCCCAAAUGAAAGAUAAAAUGCCCGAAAUCUCGUCCGGUGUGAAUGCAUGCAGGAACAUAAAGGGCACCAAUGAUUGCGAUACUGCAUUCAAGAUCUCCAUGUGUCUAAAGGAACACAAGGCAAUCGGCGGCCCACAAUAAAAUAACUUAAUCAAGUUACUUCCCACAUUCAAUUCGGCAGGGCUCAGAGGUUUUAGAUUAAUGUUAAAUAAAUGUUUGUUUGUCUCUUUAUAUAAUGCAUUAAAGGA